UUUGCAUCCUUUGUUAACCUCCAAGUCUACUUGGUGAAAACGGCCCACGAAGAAGUAACAAGGGCUUUGUCCCUAGUGUGUCAGGUUUGGGCACCAGUGCUGUAGUGGCUUUCUCUGCUGCUCUUUGUGCAUCAGCAGACAGAUGUGGUUUACAUAGGAAGAAAGACUAAUGUAGGCAAAUAUUUGCUCUUUCUUCAGCAGCCCUGAAAAGAUGGUGGCCUGGGUGAUUCACCACUCCUUCCUCACGUCCUUGAUUUUAUUUGAACUCAGUUCGAUAUGCUCCUCCCACCGUUUUCCUCUUGGAAGCCAAACCCCUUUGUCAUCUAUAUAAGGUCCACACCCCAGGAGCUGAGUGAUUGCAGAAACUGGCCUUCCAUCUCUCUCAGACACCAAGCUGCAGGUCCAGGCUUUUCCGAGAAAGUGAGGCCACCAUGGCUCUGGAUAAGUCUGUCAUCCUGCUCCCUCUGUUUGUCCUGGUGCUACUGGUGCUGGGCUGGGCCCAGCCUUCCCUAGGCAGUGAAUCCGCGGCCGAGAAAUUCCAGCGGCAACACAUGGACUCAGACAGUUCCCCCAGCAGCAGCUCUACCUACUGCAACCAAAUGAUGAAGCGCCGGAAUAUGACACAGGGGUGGUGCAAAUCAGUGAACACCUUUGUGCACGAGCCCCUGGUAGAUGUCCAGAAUGUCUGCUUCCAGGAAAAUGUCACCUGCAAGAACGGGCAGACCAACUGCUUCAAGAGCAAUUCCAGAAUGCACAUCACAGAGUGCCGCCUGACAGACGGCUCCAAGUACCCCAACUGUGCAUACCAGACCAGCAAUUUGGAGAGACACAUCAUUGUGGCCUGUGAAGGGAGCCCGUAUGUGCCAGUCCACUUCGAUGCUUCUGUGGAGGACUCAACCUAAGCUCAGAGCAGCGAGAUAUCCCACCUCCCUCAACCUCAUCCUUUCCACAGCUGCCUCUUCCCUCUUCCUUCCCUGCUGUGAAAGAAGUAACUCCAGUUAGGGCUCCUAUUCAACACACUCAUGCUUCCUUUUCCUGAGUCCCACCCCUGCGUGAUUUUGGGGGUGAAGAGUGGGUUGUGAGGUGGGCCCCAUGUUAACCCCUCCACUCUUUCUUCCAAUAAAACACAGUUGCAAACACUUGA